AUGGCGGACGCACCUCUCUGCAGCAGCCGAGCCAGGCAAACAAGCUCACACAGCAGACAAUUGCCACAAGAGGGCCUAGAGGCAAAACUUAAAACCAUCCUGGAGGCCUUCUGGGAGAAGCUGAAGGCUAGAGAGGCAAGCUACAAACGAGACCUCCAAGCAAAAGACCAGGGGUGGGAGAUGCAAAAUAGCCGCGGAAUACAAAGUGGUACACGCCAACACCCAGCACCCGCCACAGGCAACAACUGCCUACCCAGACCCAGAUCUGGACCCGGGGUCACCAAAAGGGUCGCCAAAAGACUAACCCGUCGGCGCCGAAUACGCUGGCGAACCAUUUUACCCACACGGCGACGCAAAACCCUGACCCGUCCCCACUCUCCCCAAAAAGAGAAUGAUCUGGGCUAUGCAAGGCACUCGACCGGCGGCACAAAGAAGUGGACCCUGGCACAGGCCUGGAGACAGAGAAUUCCCUCACCACCCCUCCAAUCAAAAACAGGAGCCAGAACCUACCGAGGCUCGCCCCAUGGCGCUUACCCCAUGGUGGAUACGGGGGAAGAUCGCCUGCAGUGGCCCACAAGAGGCAUUGGCUGA